AUGUCAUGUCAAGAUGAAACAUUUGGAGAGUCAGAGCAGAGCAACAGCAUCUGGAUGGAGGACUCUCUGUCAAACUUUAGCAUCAUGAGUACUGUCUCCUACAACGAUAAUACAGAAGUGCCUCGAAAGUCCCGCAAACGCACCCCCCGUCAAAGGCCUGGUUCUAAAUCUAAACAGGCAUCUAAUCAGGACAUGUUUGAUGCAGACGGUGCCAAAGGUCCACACUUUGUCCUUUCUCAACUUGGCUCUGACAAAUCUCGACCAAAAGGAAGUUCUGAAGAUGGAACUCAAACAUCUGUUCCAAAAGGAGGAACUCUAUCAGCGCAGUAUCCAGCUAAGAAUGAAGGGAAGGAGCUGAAGAUCUUGGUACAGCCGGAAACCCAGCAUCGAGCCCGUUACCUGACUGAAGGCAGCAGGGGCUCAGUGAAGGACCGCACUCAACAGGGCUUCCCAACUGUAAAGUUGGAAGGAGUAAAUGAACCGGUAGUUCUUCAAGUAUUUGUGGCUAAUGAUUCCGGACGAGUGAAGCCACAUGGAUUUUAUCAGGCGUGUCGAGUAACCGGACGCAAUACCACAGUUUGCAUUGAAGUAGACAUCGGGGGCACAACUGUCAUUGAAGUACCUCUAGACCCGAGUACCAACAUGACAUUGGCAGUUGACUGUGUUGGGAUUCUUAAGCUCCGUAAUGCUGAUGUGGAGGCUCGUAUUGGUGUGGCGGGGUCCAAAAAAAAGAGCACUCGCGCUCGCUUGGUGUUUCGGGUAAACAUUCCUCGUCCUGAUGGAUCAGUACUCACGCUUCAGACCCCCUCAUCGCCCAUAUUAUGUACUCAACCUGCAGGUCUUCCUGAAAUCCUUAAGAAGUCUCUGCACAGUUGCUCUGUUAGAGGUGGAGAAGAGGUCUUUAUCAUUGGAAAAAACUUUCUGAAAGACACAAAAGUUAUAUUUCAUGAGAAUGUUUCUGAUGACACUUCGUGGAAAGUUGAGGCUGAAAUUGACAUGGAGCUGUUUCAUCAGAAUCACCUGGUUGUGAAGGUCCCUCCGUACCAGACCCAGUCAAUCACCUCUGCAGUUUGUGUGGGUAUUUACGUGAUGACAAAUGCUGGGAAAUCCAAUGAUAUGCAACCAUUCACUUACACGCCUGAUGCAGCAAAAACAGACAUUUCUGUUAAAACAGAGAUGGUCUCACCAAGUCAGGAGUGCACUUACAAUAAUCCAAAUGAAGCUGCCUUAAGAACUCCUUUGUUACCUUUGGUGAAGACUGAAGAGGUCACCCCGAUGGAGGUGACCAGUAACUUGCAGAAUAAUGGCAUUUUCAAGAAGGGUCUGUGUUCUCAGCCAAAUACAAACAUGCAAACCUCUGGCGGUCUAAAUGAGAACAGAUCCUACUCCAAUUGUCUUCAGCAGGCAACAGGUGACCAGGAUCAAGAGCGAACCUUCACCAACACUGAGCAAAUAAGCACAGUUCAAAAACAAGAUAAUGCCUCUACCAGCACAUUUCCUGUGCCUCCUGGAGACUCUCUGGUCCAACAAAGCUCUCAGCAGUUCCUCCUGAAGCAGAGAGACAGUGUAAGGCAAGACCAACCCAGCAGUGACCCCACAGGGGAUGCAGGGCAGGGAAAGAGUGAUCAGCAGAGCUCCCCACAAGUGGCUGCAAACCAACCUUCUUUGUUCCAACAGACGCCACAGCAGCAGGUGCCCAUGUUCCAAAGCAACGAGCUGGUGACCAUUCAAACAAACUUUCUGCAACAGACUCCUUCCCAUCCUUCACCGCCCAUGUUUCACAAUUCGCCCACUUUGGGUGAAACUUCCUCUCCUCAAGGAACGCUGUUUCAAAAGUCUUCUCAGGAGCAGACAUCCCUUUCCUCUCAGCUUACAAGUAACAGCCCUCAACAGCAGCAGCAGAUGGCGUUCCUCAAUACUCUUCAAACCCCAAACCCUGAUCCCCUGGUUUAUCAGGCUCAGACGCAGCUCUCGCCCAUUCAACAGAGAAGUCCCAUGGAGCAGCAGCCGACCACACAGUCGCCACAGCAGGCCACUCUGUUUCAGAACAUCCCAGCGCAUCCCUCUGCAAAUCCACUGUCAGCCAACCAGCAACAACAGCCACAGCCGCCCGGGAUUUUGUUUUGCAGCAACCCUAUGUCCGACCAAGCGUCCAGUCUGUUGUUUAGUGCUCAGACUCCGAUGAAUGUGACUCGGUCAGACCGGUCGGAGCCCAUGACUUUAGGGAAUGUUUCUGUCCCACAGCAGCAGAUUGUGUAUCAGGAGCAGCAGCCGAUGCAGCUGGGCAACGCCACAGCCUCCGAGCGAGAGUCGUCUGUGGGUCUUUUCAUGCCUUCAUCAAACUUGGCAUCUCUGCAGCAGGAUCUGUCUCAGGAGCUUGCACAGUCGUCUCUGUUUACAACUCAAAAUAGUGUACCAUCCCUUCAGACCACCACAAAUUCCCCUGUUCAACAGCCAGGGCCAUUGUUCCAAAGUGCAGUCAGCAGCAACAUCAGUCAACCAAACCAAACGCAACAGCCUGGACUCUACAUGUACGGGAUUCAGAAUGAGUGUGGUCAACUAAUGAAUCCAGCGGGCAACACUGUGUCCGAUCAGAUCAUUGCCAUCAGCCAGUCGGGUCAGAACCAGAGAGAGAGUGAGGCCCGGAUCCAGUCCCUGCUGAACCAGACGGCUUCAGUCCAGAGCAGCAUGACGGCAUCUCAGAACAUGGAGAAGAUGGACGAGCUGCUGGUUAGCUUACAUGAUUCUGCAAACAGUUUAACGCGUUCAUUCUAA